GCCAAAUUAGUAACAAGACCUUGGCUCUGCCCCGACGUUACCGUGGAUUGUCUCCGUCCGCCCCAGUUAUUUCCGACACUUCUGUUUUUUUUACGCGGUGACUGAACAUUUCUUGGAAACAGAACCGAGAGAGUCCUUCAGAGAAACAGAGCAGUCUCUCCGUUUCUGCCGUCAGUUCCUUUGGGAACUAGAGAAGCACAAACCUCCGCCUCCUCACCAACCCGAUAAACGUUUCCGUUUAGGACCUUUUAGCACUCAAUAUUUUAUGCGAGAAUCCUUGGAAUCCCUUUCUUUUUUUGGGAUGAUUCAGAAGUUAGAAGACGAGUGCCAAACGCCUUGGAGAAACAACAAAACACCCGUUCAUUCAAGCAUGAAGGAAGAAGGCGUCGACAGCACGACGGCCAGCUGCCACGGGCAGGACAAGGUCCGCGAGCAGGACAUGGGCUCCUCGGGAGUCAUGGACUCCGGGCCGGAGACGGUCUCGGCCAAGUCCGACCAGUCCGACGACAAACCACAGAAGCAGAAGCGGCACCGGACGCGCUUCACCCCCGCCCAGCUUCAAGAGUUGGAGCGGUCCUUCAGCAAGACGCACUACCCCGAUAUCUUCAUGAGGGAAGAGCUCGCGCUCAGAAUCGGCCUGACCGAGUCCAGAGUACAGUCACCCGAGACGAGAGUCCAGGUGUGGUUCCAGAACCGCCGUGCCAAGUGGAAGAAGCGCAAGAAGCAGUGCCAAAACGCCGCCCAGUCCAUGCUGCGGUCUCCGCUCCUGCCGUCUCACGGCCUGCCGCAGUUCCCCGGCUCCAUGGCCGAGUCUCUCUGCUCCUUCCACACCACCGACAACCGCAGCUGGUCCAUGUCUGGCGUGGGGGCCGUGGCCACCGCGCCGCCCCUCCCGCUCCCUCCCUCCAUCCCCCGACAGAACAUGUCCCAGUCCAUGGGCGGGAUGAACCAGAUCCCCGUCACCCUCCCGGGCGCCAUCACGGUCUCCAACGGCGGGUCCGGAGUCAACCACGGCGGCUACGGCUCGCCAUACGGCAACGGCAUGUCGGCCUCGCCGCCCCUCAACAACUUCUCCACCAGCGCGUCCAGCCAGAUGUCGUGUAGCUCGCCAGUGGACAGCGGCGACGCCUGGCGGGGGUCCAGUAUCGCCUCCUUGCGGAAAAAGGCCAUGGAGCACGCCGCCUUCAUCAACAACGUCGGCUUCAGAUAAGCGCCUCCGGCCGCGCGGGUGGGCCUGGCGGGUGGGGACCAAAAGGUUCAGCAGCCUCUUUAGCAGGCUUCUCGGCUUUAAGUUUUCACUAGUUUAUUGGCGUUUUUUCCGUCACCGUGACCCCUUGCUACUAGACGGCGAUCGCCGAGCGACCAAAAAGUAAUUUUUGUGACCCUUGAGUUUAAUGCUCGGUGCAAUAGUUUUUGGUUUAAAGACAAAACACAACACAAAAUUAUUCUUUGCGUAUAAAAUUCGUUACGUUGACCGAUUUGAAACAUAUUUAGUCACCCAGCGGUCGCAGCCUCUAGUAGAAAGCGGUAACGUCCUCACGAAGGAGCCUGCUACAUUGGCUACCAAAGGGCGGAGGUUUGCCUGCAGACGUCUAAGCGCCACUUUGCAGUUGCACACGGGUGUAAUACAUUGUCUUAAAGUACUGUAGUGUAACGUGCAACUGCUGAGUGUCCCGCGGGCGUUUGCAAGAUUUAUCAUUUAUAACUUUUAGACAUGGUGGUUGUGAUUUAAACCUUACAUCCACAGUUGGGAUGAAACAAAGAGAGUCUUCAUACGACGGGGAAAUAUGUGCAUUUUUACGUACAUUGUUGGCGACAGAUGUUCUAAAUUGGAUAUCGAUACCUGCUUCACACAGACCCUUUCACUGUAUUUGACUAUGCGUAUCGUUUGAGAAACAUUAUGUCUUAUCCAUUGAAAUAUGUAGCAGUGUUCAACUUGAGUUUCUAAUAUUUUAAAAUUACAUUUAAAAAGCAGUCUUAUGGUAGACGAUUGCACCAGGUUAUACACAUCUCAGCAGAUUUUGAAAUGCCCUGUGUCUUUGAUGCACUAAAUGAAAAGCCGCCAUCAUGUUUAAAAGCAGUAAAAGGCUUCACCAAUUGACAACUUGUUUCUCGGAAUAUUCAGCAUAAAACGCGAGUUUGGGAUGGUAGAAAUACGAGUAAUAACACGUAGUGCUACAACUUUAUCUUGGGCACUUCGAUUCUUGGAAGCUCCAAUUUUGCAGAUGUCGUUUGGCACAACUGAAGAGAAGAAAAGACACAUAAUAGCUAUAUUUUGAUGGAAUUCCCUGGAAAAAAACCGUUGCAAGGUCUACUCGAAUACAGGAAAGAUCAAUACGAUCAUAUACGAGAAACAAGAAAAGAUUGGAUUAGCGGAAAACCUUAAGUUUGUUGUUUGUUGUACAGGAUCUUAUAGCGAGGACUUAAAGAGAGCUGUCCUAGACCAUAAGAAAACUUGUUGUACUCUAUACCCCUUCUUAUCCUCCGAUCGAGAUGUUUUCUUGUAUAUUUGGCACUGGAAAGUAUUUGUAUCUAUGGAGAUUUUACCGCUUAGUGUCUGUAGUUGGGGUGAUGAUGUUGUACAUAUUUUUGGUGUAGAGUGUAGGAUCCAAGCGCCACUGCUGGUUGUUAUUUAACGUAAUUUAAGUCUGUAAAAAGCAGGACACGUGCUGGCUUACACUAGAGGUUGGCCAUUUUCCAAGGAAGCCGUUUGGCAAGGCAGAAGCGCCGGGGAUGAGUAACAGUCUGUAGUGUCUGGUCGGAUCUCCGCGCGAUCAAAGCCACACUGUUGCGGCAGUCAAUCGCUUAUGUGCAAUCAACUUCCAGAUCCUUGUGACUGCCUCCAGAAGCACUACUGACCUCCAGAUAAAUCAGGAAAAAAGGUCCUUUGUAGAGAUACUUUAAUGUCGCCUCCAUAUCGGCCAAAGACGUCGGGGACGAAUCGAGACAUUCAUCGCGAAGCGGUAAUGUCCCCGCCCUCUCUCCGUCUGUCCGGCUGCCGGAGAAGACCACGUAUUACUUUGCUUUUUAUCCUCGACAGUUUUCUUUUUAUCAAGCCGUAAAUGUGGAAAAUCGGGAAAUUAAGCCAUGUUUAUUCAUUAGACAUUAAAAGACAUAUUAUUUAUCGGAUCAAUGUAACUCGUGUUGCCUGUAAUGAAAUUACCGUCCCACUAAUUCUGAGGAAUGAAACCGCGGCUCUCAGGAGGCACGGGGGGCUUUGAGAGCCCCAUACAUUUUCGGCGGUCUGUUUAGGGAAAUUCGAUAGUUGCGGCUCAAUAUCCCCGGGUAUCCCCAGGCGGCUUCGCCCAUUACCUGACGAUCGCCGUUUUGUGAUAGAAAUGUCCUCAGUGAUGUGUCAUUCCGGAUUAGCGGCCCAUUCUGCAGUAAUAUCGCCGUGGUCUCUGUUGUCGGCGCCCCUAUCAGCACGGGAAGAACGCAGGCUCGUUUGCAGCGGCCCGGCCGUAUAAGAGCCGACGUUCCCCUCUUUUCUAGAUGUCGUUUUUUAUUGCCGGCGGCGUGCAGGAAAAUGGCCACGUUUCUAACCUAUUAUGGAACACCGAUGAAGUAAUAAAGCAUUAAUUUACCGCGGCUAGCCUUUACAACCCCGCUGUGGGUCAGUCGUUAGGGUAAAGGGAGUUGGUUGGACUGAUAUAAGACCUAAGGUCCCGGGAAAUGUAAUGUAUACAUUUGUAAUUCAGUCACCCGUUUCUGUAUUUGUACAUGUUCUAUUGAAAACACCGCAUGUUACGUUCCUCGGUCCGAUCAUUUUGAAGAUGGUGUACAGAUGUUUACCAUUAAUAUAUAAAGUGUUUCCAAAUAAAUCGUCCAAAUG